AUGCUUUGCCGUCUAUUUGCCUUCGCUCUGGUGGUUUCUACCGUCCUAACAGCAGCACCUCCGACGGUCUCUGCAGCCGCGAGUUUCGGAUACUCCACGGGCUCCGACAAGUACGUUGUCAGCACCGGAAAGGGUCUGACCGUCACCAUGAAGCAAUCCACGUGUGAUAUCACGUCUAUCAACUACAACGGCAAGGAACUACAGUACAAGUCCAAGGCUACUCACGUGAACUCUGGUCUUGGUAAGGUCACGUCGUCCAUCAAGACUUUGAGUGACUCGAAGAAGACCAUCCGCGUCAUCUGCAAGAAAACCGGUCUGGAACAGACAUACCUCUUCCGUCCCAACGAAAACGUCAUCUACAUGGGCACUUAUCACGCAAAAGACCUCGUGCUGCCAGAGCUCCGGUUCCUCGCGCGUCUGGACAAGUCGGCCGUCAACACUGGUAUCACGGAAGCCACCAUUGAGUCGGGUAUGACCGCUAUUGAAGCAGAAGACGUCAUGCAGAAUAGCCAAGGUCUGACGCGCUCCAAAUACUACUCGGGUGUGCCGUUUAUUGAUAACGCUGUCUACGGUGUGAAGGGCAAGUCCGUGGGCGCGUAUUUCGUGAUCUCGGAUGUCGGUUACGAGACGUCCAGCGGUGGUCCAUUCUUCCGCGACAUCAAUAACAAGCUCGACGUCUCCAACGAGCUGACCUUCUACAUGAACUCGGACCACACGAGGACGGAGGAUUACCGCUACGGUUUCCACGGGCCGUACGCCCUUACUUUCACAAGUGGUGCUGCACCAUCAGCUUCGUCGCUUGACUUCAACUUCUUCCAAGAUCUAGGUCUCACUGGGUUUGUUCCUUCCGCGAAGCGAGGUAAAAUGGCGGGUACGAUCACCGACUCUAAAAACGUACUGGGCAACUCGGACGUCGUCGUUGGAUUUUCUAACGCUGCUGCUCAGUACUGGGUGAAAGUAGCUGCCGGGAAGAAGACCUUCACAUCGCCGCUGAUGAAGGCUGGUCGCUACACGGCAACGGUGUACAAGAAGCAGCUAGCAGUUGGUACGGCAUCUGUCCUUAUCAACGCAGGAGCGACGAAGACUCAAAGCAUUACGGUCUCAUACAACAUGACUUCGAAUCCGAUUUGGCGCAUUGGCGAAUGGGAUGGCACUCCUGGUGGCUUCCUAAACGCCGACAAGAUCCACAAGAUGCACCCGAGUGACUACCGUAUGUCGGCCUGGAAGGCUCUCACCUUUAAGGCUGGAUCGGACGCCGACAGUGCGUUUCCGAUGGCCCAAUUUCGCGGAGUGAACGACCCCAUUACUAUCAGCUUCAGUCUCACAGCAGCACAAGCAAAGGUAUCGAGAACGCUGAAGAUUGGUAUCACACUCGCGCAGAGCAGCGGUCGCUCCAGUGUGACUGUAAAUAGUAAGUGGACGGCUCCAGUACCUGCUUCUGUUGCUGUGAAAACUCGCGGUGUCACUCGAGGCGUGGUUGUGGGCAACUACAAGCUCUAUGAGUACGUCAUUCCAGCAUCAGCGCUGGUUACGGGUACCAACUCUAUCAAGCUCACAGUCGCAAGUGGCGCUACAGACCCAUCCGAGAAGUUCUUAGCUGCCUCUGUCGUGUUUGAUGCUCUUGAAUUGGUGUAGUUUAGACCCGAUGUUGUCAAACAAUACUUCUAACAAUCUUUCUACAGUUACUACAUGUACAUGUUCUUGUC